GAAAUUGGCAUUUUAAAUCCCAGUAUUGAUUUCUGUCCCGUAAACAAAAGCCAAAACUCAGUAUCGAUCUCUUGCACAAGCACCGGCUCUGUCAUGGCUUCUACUACCCUUACAGUUCUGCUUCUUCUCCCUCUUCUUCCGUUUGCCAUUCCAGCCCAAGCUCAGAGCAACAUAACCUUGGGCUCAUCUCUCAUCGCAGAUGAUCGGAACUCCUCAUGGAAAUCAUCCUCAGGAGACUUCGCCUUUGGGUUCCAGAGGAUUGGAAAUGGGGGCUUCCUACUGGCCAUUUGGUUUGAUAAGAUACCAGAAAAAACAGUUAUCUGGUUUGCAAACGGGGAUAAGUUAGCUCCUCAAGGGUCCAAAGUCGAUUUGACCAGGACAGGGAGUUUAGUGCUCAGUGAUCACAAGGGGGAACAGCUUUGGGCCCGGGGAACCGGUACCGGAGUUUCUCAUGCUGCCAUUCUGGAUACCGGAAACUUUGUCUUAGCAGAUCAAACAGGCUCCAACCUGUGGGAGAGUUUCAACGAACCUUCCGAUACAAUCAUGCCUACACAGGUGCUAGAUCAAGACACCAAAAUUGUCUCUCGGUACUCUGCCAUGAACUACUCGAGGGGUAGAUUCGAGCUCAGCUUGCAGAGCAAAGAUGGGAAUCUCAACAUGCACACUCGCCCGGUGUAUGAUGACGCCUACUGGUACACCAGUCAAGGUUAUGGCUAUCAGUUGAUUUUUAAUCGGACAGGUCCGAUCUAUCUUGCUGCAAAGAACGGUUCUGUGGUUUAUACUAUGAUGUCUGGGACAGUCUCGAGCACUAAUUACCAGAGAGCGGUCCUCGAGUACGAUGGAGUGUUCAGGCAGUAUGUUUACCCAAAAGAUGCAAGCUUGAGUUCUGGGAGGUCCAUGGGCUGGUCCCCAGUUGCUUCACCGGUUCCAUCGAACAUCUGCACAAGUAUGAGGCAAUCUAUUGGUGCUGGGACAUGCGGUUGGAACAGCUAUUGCAUCCUCGGAGACAACCAGAGGCCGAAAUGCAGAUGCCCUCUUGGAUACAGCUAUAUGGAUCCAUCAGACGAGAUGAACGGAUGCAAGCCGGACUUUCUACCUCAGAGUUGCGACAAAGCUAUGCUCGAAACAGAUUUAUUCAGAAUAAACGAGAUGAUCAACACCGACUGGCCAUUGUCUGAUUAUGAGCGUUAUGACAAUGUGGACGAGGACUUCUGCGCCCAGGUCUGUCUGAGCGAUUGCUUAUGCGAUGUUGCAAUAAUUCGAGACGGCACCUGUUGGAAGAAGAAAAUGCCUCUCUCAAAUGGAAAGAUGGACCCCAGUGUUGGGGGAAAAGCCCUCAUCAAGGUGAGUAAGGAUAACUCUACUUUGAAUAUUCCGCCCGCUGGCUCAAAGAAGGACAAGAACAGGCCCAUGAUUAUCGUCGGAUCAGUCAUUCUGAGCAGCUCUGCAGCAUUAAACUUGAUCCUAAUUCUCUUAAUUCUUCUGAUUUGGUUCCGAUUCAAUCACGACAAAAAGCCUGAAACUGUGCAUGGGCACCCAAUAAAUCGGUUCUCUAGUAUGCUGAGUUUUACAUACGAGGAACUCAGAGUAGCGACAGGUGGGUUCACCGAAGAGCUGGGCAAGGGAGCUUUCGGGGUAGUUUACAAGGGAGUUCUGACAUCUAAUGAGAGAAGUCUUAUCGCAGUGAAAGUGUUAGAAAAGAUUACUUCUGAAGGCGAUAGGGAGUUCAAGAACGAAAUGAGCACAAUAGGAAGGACCAAUCACAGGAACCUCGUCGAACUUAUUGGGUUCUGUGAAGAGGGGCAACACCGUAUUUUGGUUUAUGACUUCAUGCCUAAUGGUUCGCUGGCUGACUUUCUGUUUGGAGGUUCGAGGCCGAGCUGGUUCAAGAGGAUCGAGAUUGCCUGUGGGGUCGCGAGGAGUCUCUUGUACCUCCAUGAGGAGAGCAGCAAGCAGAUCAUUCACUGUGAUAUAAAGCCGCAGAAUAUCCUCCUCGACGAGUGUCUAACGGCGAAGAUUUCAGAUUUUGGGUUGGCAAAGCUUCUAAUGACAGGCCAAACGCGAACCAUGACUGUAGUCAGGGGGACAAAAGGGUACCUAGCUCCAGAGUGGUUCAGAAGCCUACCGAUUUCGGUUAAAGUGGAUGUCUACAGCUUUGGGAUUGUGUUGCUUGAACUGAUUUGCUGCAGAAAGAACUGUGAGUUUGGAUUGAAAGAUGAGGCUCAGAUGAUACUCUCUGACUGGGUGUACGAUUGCUACCAUAAAGAGGAGCUCGGUCUAAUUGUAGAUGGCGACGAGGAGAUGAUUGGAGACAUGAAGAGAGUCCGCAGGUUCGUGAUGAUAGCAAUGUGGUGCAUACAAGAAGACCCAUCUCUGAGGCCAUCUAUGAAGAAAGUUGCUCAAAUGCUCGAUGGGGCGGUCGAGGUUUCCGUUCCACCAGAACCAGCCUCAUUCAUCAGUUCGCUCCAAUAGUUUUCUGCACAAUCAUGAUCGCAUAAGGUGUUUCCAUGUUAUGUUCUUCUUCGCUGUUAACAAAAUCCAAACAUCCUAAUUAAGUAUUGAAAUAAAGUUGAAAACUCAGAUCUGGUAAUGGCAUUGUUUAGGGGUACACAUUCUGGUGUAUCCUAGUAUUGAGUUCGUUCAUUAUUUAUAUAUAUUGUCCCUAGUA